AACCAGCCAAUCAACGCCUUAAACGUCAUCACCGCGCGCACACGGAGAACGUCAGAGACAGGCCCACGUGGACUGUGUUGACUGUCAAAGUCUCAAGGUACUCAGUACCCGGAAGCCCUGAGUUCUGACCGAAGUCCCUGUCACUCAGCCGGCUAGUUUUCCCGGGACCCGGCGAGGACCGAGCCAUGAGCUCCGCGGGCGUGCUGUCUUUCGCCCAGCAAGGCUGGGAGCAGGUGCUGGCCAAAGUGAAGCGGUCGGUGGUCUACCUGGACGCCGCCUGCGCAGAGAGCCUGCACUGGAGCUGCGGAUCAAGCAGGCUUCUGGAGGCGAUAAAGGGUCCUGCGUGCAACUUGAGGGAAUUUGAGCCCCACGCAAUUGGCGGUGGAGCCGAGCAGCCCCGGGCCGUGUUCGUGUUGAGCUGCCUGCUGAAAGGCCGGGUAGUAGACACUCUACGAGAUAUCAUUUGCCGCAGUCACUUUCAGUACUGUGUGGUGGUCACGGCCGUGAGCCACGCAGUCCACCUCACUGCUAAUCACGUACCAGCGGCCGCAGCAGCCGAGCUAGAGGGGCAGCAGCCGGUGUUCGAACAGCUGGAGGAGAAACUGUGUGAGUGGAUGGGCAACAUGAACUACACGGCUGAGGUGUUCCAUAUCCCGUUGUUGCUCGCCCCUGCUGCUCCCCACCUUGCAUUUACUCCUGCUUUUGCUACCCUUUUCCCACUGCUCCCUCGGGAUGUACAUCUCCUGAAUAGUGCCAGACCCGACAAGAGGAGACUGAACAGCUUGGCCGAGGUGGAUGCCGCCUCCCUGACCCCAGAGCUGCUGCUGUACAUCAGAUGCCUCGUGUCAGGCCUUAGUUCUCUAUGUGAGCAUCUAGGGGUGCGAGAGGAGUGUUUCGCUGUGGGUUCCCUCAGUCGGGUCAUCGCUACAGAUCUGGCAAAUUAUGCUCCUGCCAAGAACAGGAAGAGGACUGCUACAGGGAGGGCUUCCGUGAUCUUUGUGGAUAGAACUCUGGAUCUCACGGGAGCGGUUGGACAUCAUGGAGACAACUUAGUAGAGAAGAUCAUUUCAGUGCUCCCACAGCUUCCAGGCCACACCAAUGAUGUGAUGGUCAACAUGGCAGAGCUCACUGCUGUCCAGCCUGUGGAGGAAAACCAGAACGUGAUUGCACCAGGCUGCCUCGCACAAUCUAAUGAUGUCUCAGCCAAGGCCCUGUGGGAAGUCUUACUGAACACCAAGCACAAAGAAGCAGUGAUGGAAGUUCGGAGACAUCUAGUGGAAGCAGCCAGCAGAGAAAACCUGCCCAUCAAGAUGAGUAUGGGAAGAGUCACUCCAGGGCAGCUCAUGUCCUAUAUUCAGCUGUUCAAGAACAACCUUAGAGCUCUUACAAAUCACUGUGGGCUCCUACAGCUUGGGAUGGCCACAGCUCAAACUCUGAAGCACCCUCAGACUGCCAAGUGGGAUAACUUUCUGGCAUUUGAAAGGCUCCUUCUCCAGAGCCUUGGGGAUUCAACCAUGGCUGUUGUGCUAAAUCAGCUGCUGCCUAUGAUUAAGUCCUCAAGCCAGAGAGCCAGUGAUGACUACAGGCCCGAGGAACUGCUCAUCCUCCUCACGUACAUUUACUCAGUCACUGGAGAGCUGACAGUGGACAAAGACCUGGAAGAAGCCGAAGGAAGGGUGAAGAAAGCAUUGGCCCGCGUCUUCUCUGAGGAGUCUGAGUUGUCACCCUUGCUACAGAGGAUCACAGGCUGUGAUUCUGCAAUUAACCUGACAUUUCCCAAAUCCCAAAUUGCUGUGAAUGAUGUCUUCAUGGCUCUCCGGGAGAUCGCUGGAGCUAGGAACCACAUGAGACAGUUUAAGUCUGUGUAUAUUCCUGGAAAUCAUACCCAUCAGGCGUCCUAUAAGCCACUGUUGAAGCAGAUUGUGGAGGAAAUAUUUAAUCCUGAGAAGCCAGAUCCCAUUGAUGUUGAACAUAUGUCCUCAGGCCUCACUGAUCUCCUUAAAACUGGAUUCAGCAUGUUCAUGAAGGUGAGCCGGCCCCAUCCCAGUGACCAUCCCCUCCUGAUCCUCUUUGUGGUGGGCGGUGUCACAGUCUCGGAAGCCAAAAUGGUCAGAGACCUUGUAGCAUCUCUGAAACCAGGAACCCAGGUGAUGGUGCUGUCCACAAGACUCCUGAAACCACUUCACAUUCCUGAACUGCUCUUUGCAACUGACCGGCUACACCCGGACCUUGGCUUCUGACAUCGAAGAGAAGACCUGUUUGAGCUGGAAAUACCAAUACCCAUCUGUCACCAUUCCAGAUAUGCCUCCAAAGCCAGUGUCCCCAUUUCUAAUUAUAGGUAUGACUUAGUUCAUAACCGUGCAGAAGGCAGUUUGCUUGGGUUCUUCAAAAGCAAAAUAAAGACUUGCAUUUUCGUUCUUCUUCUAAAGGUGUCAAGCCGUCUUUAGCUGACUUCACCAGCAGUCACUCUAAUUUAUCCUUCCCCCCUGUGUAAUCUUCCUGAAGCUACCUGCAAGUUCACUAGCUCUGGGUAAAAGCCUGCUGGCAAGUGGUGGCAGAAAUGAGCUCUAUGGUGUGAAGUUGGUGUAUUUAGAAUCCCCAGCCUGAGGAAAGCUACCUUGUGGCUAUGUGAGUGAGGAAGGGAUGUCACAGACACAGCCUGAGACUUUGUUUCUCUCUGACUGGAAAACAUUUCUGAAAGACAAGGAAGGGGGUGGCCUCCAUGAGAGCUAAAUCACCCGCAAGUGACAAAGAGCUGCUUUGUUCCAGCUGGUUCAAGGACCAGGGCAGUCCUGCUACUUGGAACAGCAGUGGGAAGGACAAAAAAAAAAAAAAGUGAGGGAGGGGGACUGAAGGGCUGUCCUGGUUACAAAUGGCUUCAUCCUGUCAGGGGGAAGGCCCCAUGUGGAAGAGAGCUCCACUCAGGGAGUCCAGGUUGUAACCACAACCCCUAGACAGCCUUUGCCAUUUCAAAUUCCUGCUGAAAUAGGAAGCUUUCUUCUGGGAGUUUAUAAUUUCUUUCUGGUCAUAGCAGGAAUACCCAGAUGUAUCUAGUGAGAUUAUAUGAAAACUCUAGGGGAAAAAAAAAGAAAGGUAGGAAGGAAGGAAGGAAGGAAGGAAGGAAGGAAGGAAGGAAGGAAGGAAGGAAGGAAGGAAGGAAGGAAAGAAAGAAGGAAGGAAGGAAGGAAGGGAGGACUGCUUAGAACCCAGACACAGUUAUAGGUGCAUGGCCAAUGGGGAGUUCCUGGCAUGAGCAACAGAUGUCUGAAACAGUUUCUACUGUGGAUUAAGCAGGAAGACAAAAUAAAAUGUAAACCAAGACAUAGCUGUACCUUUUACUUUUCUAUUAAAUGGUGUCAUUUUAGGGAAGAAGAAGAAGAAGAAGAAGAAAGAACUGUGAACUUAGAAUCAUUUUCAGAUGAACAAAGCUGAUUUGUAUAAAACUAGAUGCUCGUUUUCCUGCUCACAUGUGCUCUCUGCCUUCACCAGUUCUUUGAUGGUGCUGAACUAUAAAGAAGCUCUUUUUUUAAACUGCACUAAUCUAAAAGCCUUACAUUUGAACGAGGAAAAAAAUGGCAUUAGCAACAAAGAAAUUAUAUAUAAGCAGAAAUAAGUACUUUCUAAAAUAAAGAAAUUUAAAAUAACCUGC